AUGGACUUUACGCAGUGCUUCCAGGACAGCGCAUGUCUUCUUAUCUUUCUCUCGCCACGGUUACACAAGGUCCUCGGGAAGGGACGACUAGAUGGUGUCAAGCCAAACGCUAUCUUUUACAUCAAGAUGCUUCUCGUGGUGGCAGCGUUCGCCAUCCAGCUGGGGCUCUUGAUCAAGAUCGUCUCCGAAGAUAAUUAUGUCUCAUCCAGUCUACUGAGCGUCAUCGUAUAUCUGAUCGCCUUGAUCGGUGCAGUGGUUUUGCACUGGUAUGAGUACUUCAACAUGGCCAAUCCCUCUUCUGGCCUCCUCAAUUUCUGGCUCUUUACUGCCCUGAUCUCCAUCUUCCCAACACGCUCCUGGACUCAGGAGUCACCCGACGGUCUGUCGGCCCCGAUCCCGCUCCUCAGGCUUCUCUUCACGAUCGUCUCCUUUUUAAUCUUCAUCCUCGAGAACAUCCCUAAGUCCAACCGCAGCUCGCUCAUUCGAUCCAAUGUCGUCGUCGUACCUCAGAGCAAACCCUCGCCUGAACCCCGAGCCAACUUCUUUACGAGGAUCACCUUCUUUUGGUUACUGCCAUUGCUCAACCUAGGCAAGAAGAAGGCCCUGCGCAUGGAUGAUCUCUGGAGCGUCCACCCCAAGCUGCUGAGCUACCCACUCUACCUGACCACAAAGGCCAAGAUGGAUGCGGAUGAGGCGAUUAGGCUGCAGAAGGUCAAGGACGAAGAGGCUGUUGGUAGCACAGUAAAGGACCCCAAGCUCAAGAAGGGCCAUAUGAAUCUCCUUGGUGUCGUGCUCCACACUGUCGGAUAUAGCUUCGUGACAGCCGCGGUCCCUCGAAUCCUGUACAUCGCCGCGUUGUAUGUCCGUCCUGUCCUGUUCUCGCAAUUGAUCUCGUUCGUCGAUAGUUACUCAGCGAAUGCCAAGUUGGGAGGGAUCGUCCCCGAGGUGCCCUGGGUCGGAUUCGGGCUGUUGAUCGCCGUCUUUACGAGCGCUACCCUCUCGACCAUCUUUGACAACCAGUUCCAGAACAUCUGUUACAACUCCAGUCUCCGAGCCCGAGGUGUGCUCGUCAAUUUGAUCUACCGCAAAUCGCUGCGUCUGAGCUCGACCAAUAAACAGGAGGGCAUGGGCUCGAUCGUCAACCACAUGAGCACGGAUGUCGACAAGGUUGUUGCGUUCUUCCAGGUCAUCCAUCUCAGCUGGAGCGCGAUUCUCGAGAUCAUCAUUACCAUCGCCCAGUUAUGGGCCCAGGUCCGGUACGCGAUCUUUGCUAGCGUGGGCGUCGUCCUCGCUAUCCUUUUCAUCGUCGGUGUUCUCUCGCCCCUGAUCGGAAAGAGUCAGAAGGCGAUGAUGGAGCGGUCGGAUCACCGCAUGAAGUUGCUCUCGGAGCUGGUCAACUAUAUCAAGUCCAUCAAACUGUAUGCGUGGGAGACCUAUUUCGAAAAGAACAUUUCCAAGGUCCGUCUGGAGCAGCUGAACAAAUUACGCGAGUUCUAUAGUUGGAUCUGUAUCGCGUCCGUCUUCCUGAACUCGAUCGCGGCCUUUUCGAUCUUCGCGACCUUGGCUGUUUAUUCGGGUAUGGCCACGCCCGAGGCGCCCCUGGACAUCCGUCGGAUCUUCACGACCAUCACCUUGAUCAACAUGUUGGAGGAUCCCGUCGGGUCGAUCAGUUCGUCCAUCUCGACCAUUGUCAGCGGCAAGGUCGCAUACAACCGACUCCGGGACUUUUUCAAUUCGGAGGAGGUCGAUGAGGACAACGUCUUGCGCGAGUUGAGUCCAGCCGACUCAGAAUUAGCCUAUGAGAUCUCGAACGGUACCUUUGGAUGGUACACGCCUGAGGCAAUCCAGUCUUCGAUCGAGAAGAGCGAGAAGGAGGCCGCGCAAAAGGCUAAAACGGAUGCCGACGCGGCCAAGAAGGGUAAAAAGGCCCAGAAGGAGGAAAAGAAGGAGAAGGAGGAGGAUGAAACUUUCAAGGACGAGAGGCUCACUGCAGAAUCCCUUGGGACUUUGGGCGGGAAGGACGAGGAGAACGAGAAGGACCGGACGCCGACCCCGACAUCGGAGAACAUGCGCGAUAGUAUGGGACCAGUCCUGUACGAUGUCAACCUCAAGAUCAAGCGUGGCUCCCUGAUCGCAGUCGUGGGUCGCGUGGGCGAGGGCAAAUCCUCGCUCGUGGGCGCGCUCCUGGGAGAGAUGCACAGGUACUCGGGCACGGUUCGGUCCUAUGGAUCUCUGGCGUAUGUGUCCCAGUCUGCGUGGAUCUUGAACGACACGGUCCGUAACAACAUCCUGUUUGGACGUCCCUAUGACAAGGAACGGUACCUGAACACGGUCCGGGCCUGUGCUCUGGUGCCCGACUUCAAGAUGCUUGUGAAUGGUGAUAAGACCAUCAUUGGAGAAAAGGGUAUUAACCUGUCUGGGGGUCAGAAGCAGCGUAUCUCGAUCGCUCGCGCCGUGUAUGCGGACGCUGAUGUCUACAUCUUCGACGACCCACUCUCGGCCGUCGAUGCCCACGUCGACCAGCACAUCUUUGAGCACGCCAUGACCUCGAUCCUCGCGACCAAGACCCGGAUCCUCGUCACCAACGGCGUCAACCAUCUGAAGGAGGUCGAUCAGAUCGUUGUCAUCAAGCAAGGCAGAAUCUCUCAGGAUGGUCAUUAUGGCGACCUUAUCAAGGACAAGGAAGGCGAUUUGUUCCGUCUGAUCCAGGAGAGCAAGAUCGUUGCGUCCAAGAGGGCCGAGGAGACUGAGGAGACUCUUGAGAAUAACGCAGAGGGUAGUGAGGGAUCCACCGCGAGCGACUCGGGCGACGAGGCCUUCAUCGAUGCCGUUACCGGAAAUUCCGAGGAUCCUGUGGAGAGACCUGAAGGUCCCGUCAAGCGACCGACCUUUAGACGCGCCAAAUCAUCCAAAGUCAAUGAGGAAGAUUUUGAUGUCGACGUCAAGGACGAGGUGGACGAGGAGAUCCUGGGCGAGGGCAAGGUCGGUUGGACUGUUUACAAGUUCUAUCUCUCGACCCUGGGCAUCUCUGGUUUGGUGGUCUUCCUCGUUGUGGCAGUCGCCUUCCUGGUGAUCAACAUGUACACCCAGAUCUGGCUGCAGAACUGGGGAAACGAGAAUAAGUACGCUCAGGUGACGGGCACACCGCCCCCACACUCCGAUCAGUGGUGGAUCCUCACUUACUUUGCGUGGAUCCUCUCCUCGGCUCUGGCUUUGGCGUUCACGAUCACGAUCUCGAUGGUCUUUAUGGCGCGAAAGGCCUCCAAGAAGCUGCACAUGGCGAUGUUAGGUCCUCUGAUGCGGUCGCCGAUGAGUUUCUUCGACAUCACGUCCUCGGGCAAGAUCAUCAACCGAUUUGCAAAGGACAUCCAGGCUGUGGACAUUGAUCUGCCUCUGCAAUUCCUGAAUUUGUUGUUUAUUGCCUUCAUGGCGAUCAAUAUCUUUGUGUACUGUAUCAUCGCGACCCCGUACUUUGCGAUCAUCAUGAUCCCCCUUGGCGUUGGAUAUUACUGGCUCGGCGGCUUCUUCUUGGUCUCGUCCCGGGAACUCAAGCGUCUGGAUUCUGCAGCGCACUCGCCAAUGUACGCCCAUUUCGGAGAGACCCUGGCGGGCCUCGUCACCAUCCGGGCCUUCCACGACGCGGACCGGUUUGCGAUCCAUGCGACGACCUUGUUGGACCGAUCACAGCAGACCAGCUAUCUGACGAACGCGACGGCCAGGUGGCUCCAGAUCAUGUUGGACUUUAUGAGCGUCUUGGUGCUGACGCUCGUGGCGCUCUUGGCGAUCGUCCAGCGCAAUUCGGUCAAUUCGGGGUUCUUCUCGAUCGUUCUCUCGCAGAUCGGAGUGCUGACGGUGAUCAUGAGCCGUAUCCUCAGCACGGCGUGCCAGCUCGAGGCCUCGAUCGUCUCGGUCGAACGUGUGCGCGAGUACGCCCGGCUCCCCUCAGAGGCUCGCGAUUUCAUCCCCGAUUCCAAAACGGACGAGGCCUGGCCCCAGCGCGGCGAGAUCAGCUUCAAGAACUACAGCACCCGGUACCGUGAAGGUCUGGAUCUCGUCCUCCGGGAGAUCGACCUUACUAUCAAGGGCGGUGAGCGCGUCGGGAUUGUCGGUCGCACGGGUGCCGGAAAGUCCAGUGUGACCCUGGCGCUGUUCCGUCUUAUCGAGGCAGCGGAGGGGUCGAUCAACAUUGACGGGAUCGAUAUCUCGACCCUGGGCCUCCACGAGUUACGGUCGCAUCUGACGAUCAUCCCACAGGAGCCCUUCCUGUUCGGAGCCUCGAUUCGCGAGAAUUUGGACCCGUUCCAGAACCAUACCGACGCCGAGCUCUGGGCAGCACUCGAAUCCGCCUCGCUCAAGCCCUACAUCCUGACCCUGGCCGAGGGACUCUCUGCGAAGAUCGAGAACGGAGGCGAGAACAUGUCGUUGGGUCAAAGGCAGCUGAUGUCUCUGGCGAGGGCCAUGCUCGCCAAGAACACGCGGGUGCUUUGUCUGGACGAAGCCACGGCCGCGAUCGAUAUCGAGACCGACAAUGCGAUCCAACGAGCCUUGCGACGGGAGUUUGUCGGCUGUACCGUUCUGACGAUCGCGCACAGGAUCAACACGAUCAUGGACAGCGAUCGGAUCUUGGUGCUCGAGAAGGGCCGUGUGGCCGAAUUUGAUUCUCCACAGACGUUGUUGCAGAAGAAGGACGGGAUCUUUUUCAGCCUGGCCAGCCAGAGCGGCAACGUUUGA